AUGAACAUUUUCGAAAAAGAAAAAGAAAAAGGAACAUCCGAGACGCAGCAUGAGGACUAUAUAGUCGAGGCUGAGCAAGAACAAGCAAAAAAUAUAGAUGUUGCUAAAGGUAAAAGCUCAAUUAGAGGUAUGUUUGAAAAUCCAUACGUUACAUUUGUUUCAUUUACAGCUACACUGGGUGGAAUGAUCUUUGGCUAUGACCAGGGUGUCGUUUCCAACGUUCUAGCUCUCGAAAGCUUCAAAAACGAUUUCAGAGACGUUUUAGAUGCAGAUAAAAAGGGUAUCUUUGUUGCUUCACUUCUGAUUGCUGCCAUUUUUGGUGCUCUGAUCGGUGGACCAGCCGCGGACAACAAGCAUCUUGGGAGGAAGUGGUUUAUAUCACUUUCGCUCUGUAUCUUUGUUCUAGGUGCGACAAUACAAACAGCUGCUCAAUCAAUAGCUUGGUUAUACGGCGGUAGAGUUGUAGCCGGAUUAGCUGUCGGAGCACUGACCGAGUGUAUACCAAUGUACAUUUCCGAAUGCACUCCCACUAACCUUAGAGGAUCGUUAGUGUGUGUACAGCAGUUAUCUAUAACAUUCGGUAUUAUGGUCUCCUAUUGGAUAACGUAUGGUACCUCAUUCAUUGGAAGUAAAUAUUGCAAUCCGGAGCUUGGAUCUAAGGGGCAGUACACUGGCGAACCAAACGCCGGUCAGAAAGCUCCAUCGUUCGAUCCGAAACACGAUUUACCAUCCGAUGGCAUAUGUAGGCAAUCUGAUGCUUCCUGGAUCAUACCAUUCGCAAUUCAAAUUCUACCUGCCCUGGUCCUUUGGGUAGCUUUAUUCUUCAUGCCCAGGUCGCCGCGAUUCUUACUUUCAAUUGGAAAAGAGGAUGAGGCGCGUGCUACUCUGGCCAAGUUACGCAGAAGAGACGCGCAAGAUCAGGUCUUGAAUGCAGAGCUGACUGAUGUUAAAGCUGAGGUCAUAUUUGAAGCGCGCGUCAAAGAGCAGUAUCCUCACAAAGGUGCCAUAUCAAAGUUUUCAGAGCCAUAUAAAGCUCUGUUCCGAGCUGGGAACCGUAAGAGACUACUUUGUGGAGCUCUGACUAUGUUUCUUCAACAGUACUUGGGCGGUAACGCAAUGAUCUAUUACAGUCCAACGAUUCUUGGACAAGCUGGGAUUCAGGGCACUUCCUCCACAAUGAUCGGCACCGGGGUGUAUGGAAUUGUCAAUUUUGUUGCAACUAUCCCAAUAGUACUAAUUGUGGACAAGGUAGGACGCAAACCAUUGCUCAUUAUUGGUGCAUCUGGAUGCCUCGUUUGUCAUUUGAUCGUUGCAAGUCUUUUGGCUAGUUACAACGAACAACUACCCCAAGAUGUCGGAUAUGCUGCAGUCGUUUUUAUAUUUCUGUUUUGUGUAUUCAACGCAAUUUCCUUCUCCCCUAUAGGAUGGCUCUUACCUAGUGAAAUUUUUCCAUUAAGCUUGAGGAGUACGGGUGUAUCAAUAACCACUGCCGUUACUUGGGCCUCGAAUAUGGUUAUUGGUCUGGCUACGCCUUCUAUGAUGGAAGACAUGACAUCUUAUGGUACAUUUUACUUUUUUGGUGCUUGGGCAGCCCUAGCUUUAGUAUUCUCUAUUUUCGUACUUCCUGAAACAAAGGGUCUUACUUUGGAAGAGAUGGACAAGGCUUUCCCAGGAGGGAACAAUUCUCUUCAAGAUAAGGAAAUGAUGGAGCAAGUCUACCAGGAGCUCGGCUAUGAUGCGACACUGGAUAGGUAG